AUGGUGAAGGAUCAUUGUGUUGAUAUAUUUAUUGACUAUGAUCCAUUUCUCCCUAUAGAUACUUCUGAAUCUGUGUACUGUCCACUAGGAUAUAAAAAAUAUGAUCAAAUGUGUUAUAAAUUAUUUGAAGCAACUAAUGAUUGGAAUACUUCGUUGUCAAGAUGUCAAGAAGACGGAGGCAGCUUAGCAUCUAUACUCAAUUUUCAAGAGAAAAGUUUUGUUAGUUAUCUCACGUAUAACAAGUCAUCAUUACCAUUUUGGAUCGGCCUCAACAAUAUGAAUUCUAAGGAUGGUAUAACUUAUAAAUGGAGUAAUGGUUGGCCUGUAAUGUACACUGAUUGGAAUUCAGAUUAUUUGCCAAGUAAGCCUUGUAUAGCUGUCGGAGAAGAUUUUUGGACAGAUAAAGAUUGUGAUACCAAACUUCCAGCUUUAUGUCAGAUCAAUAAAAAAUCACUACCAAAAGAAGCAGAUCAGAACACUUGCCAGAAAGGUGGUUAUGUAUUUGGUGACAAAUGCUAUUAUCCAAUUCUACAUAAUCCAUUGACAUGGAUCAAAGCAAAGAAAGAAUGUGAUAAAAAAGGUUUAACAUUGACUAGCAUACAAAGCCUUGAUCAAAUAGAUUAUUUGAUUAACUUGAUCCAAAAACUGGCUGGAAGCAGACUGAAAGUUUGGAUUGGAUUAAGCAAACUGAAUAGAUAUUCUUAUUCUUGGUCUUGGGUAGAAUCAUUUCAAAAGACAUUUGAAAACUGGAACAGUGGGGAGCCUUCAGCAUCACGGCGUAGUACGGAAGAGGAAUGUGUGGAAAUGAGACCAGAUGGGACAUGGAAUGAUAUCAAUUGUCAGAAUUAUGAAAGACCAUUUAUUUGUAGUGGUCAAACAGGUCUAAAGUGUAGAAUGAAUCUGAUAGGAGCCAAUUAUAGAGGAAAUAUUAGUCAAACCAAAUCAGGUCGUCUAUGUCAGGCUUGGUCAUCUCAAACCCCUCAAAAACAUAGAUUUAGUGAGACACUGUCUGACCAGAAGAACUAUUGUCGUAAUCCAGAUAAUGAGCCGUAUGGUCCAUGGUGCUAUACAACUGAUGUAAACAAAAGAUGGGAGUAUUGUGAUACACCAUAUUGUGAUGAGGCAGUUACACCGCCAAUCACCACUACAGCUACAACAAAAGCAGGUCUAAAGUGUAGAAUGAAUCUGAUAGGAGCCAAUUUCAGAGGA